AGGCUCGGAGAAGUCCUUUCGAGGCCUCAGGCCAUUGAGGAUGAAGAAGUAUGGGAAGACUAUCUGAAGAGUAUUCAUGCGAGGCUUGUUGGUGGAUCAAGAUUGAGGAAGGGCAUGUCGUUGGCUCACGCAGUCAAGAUACUCCAUGCAGGGUGGCUUAGGGAUGGGACUUGG